AUGUCCGCACAAUCAGAGUACAACAGUCAGGUCAACGAGGACGCUCAGGAGAAUGGCUUUGCUGAAGAGUUCGAUGCAGACUUCGAUAAAGCAUAUGAAGAAUUCGAAGCCGCCGACCCUGCCCCUGCCCCCGCCCCUAACCUCGCUGCCGAGCAAGAAGCCGCUGCUGUCGUCGACCUCGCGCCUGAGCCACAAGUUGAAAAUAGCCAGGUCGACGAGGACGCAGAAGAUGACGGCUUCGAUGCUGAGUUCUAUAAGGAUUUUGAGAAGAAUUUUGCGGAGGAUCAGAGAAUUGCCGCCCCCGUCCCCACACCCCUGCAAGAAGCGAAUACAUAUCUUGCUGCAAACAUGGGCAUACGGCCCAAAUUUACCAUCGCAGAAAGGCAAGCAAGGGCACGAGACAGGGAACAAGCCAGGGAACAAGCUGUGAGACAGGAAAGGGAGCGAAGAAUCGCUGCUUAUAGAGCCAGUGGUACAUCGAAGGAGCAAGCUAUCUGCUUGGACUAA